GCAUGCGCGGUGCUCUGGAGCGCGGUGGUGUGUACGCGCGCGUGCGUGUGGGACUACUGGGGCUCGAGCGUUUUUUUACUGUGGUCGAGGCGCGGGACCCACUCUGAGCCUUCGAGGGGGGAGAAGAGACCGAACGAAGGGAAGAUUAAAGAAAAAAGCGCGAGUCAGAGCUUUUCAUCUUUUUUUUCCUCCUUUUUUUUAUUUCCCCCUCUUUCCUUCUUCCAAGAUGUCGGUCCCAGCGACAAAGAUGAGUAAAAAAGAGGUGAACUCGAACCAUGAUGGAGCAGACGAGACCUCAGAAAAAGAGCAACAGGAAGCCAUUGAACACAUUGAUGAAGUACAAAAUGAAAUAGACAGACUGAAUGAACAGGCAAGUGAGGAAAUUUUGAAAGUAGAGCAAAAAUACAACAAGCUACGCCAGCCAUACUUCCAGAAGCGGUCAGAGCUCAUUGCCAAAAUUCCCAAUUUUUGGGUGACCACGUUUGUCAACCAUCCACAAGUAUCUGCACUUCUGGGAGAAGAGGAUGAGGAGGCACUGCAUUAUCUGACAAGAGUGGAAGUGACAGAAUUCGAAGAUAUCAAAUCAGGUUAUAGAAUAGAUUUUUAUUUUGAUGAGAACCCAUACUUUGAUAAUAAAGUUCUGUCCAAAGAAUUUCAUCUGAAUGAAAAUGGAGAUCCAUCUUCAAAAUCAACAGAAAUCAAAUGGAAACCAGGAAAGGACCUGACAAAGCGCUCCAGCCAGUCACAAACCAAAGUGGGCAGGAAGCGACAGCAUGAAGAGCCGGAAAGCUUUUUUACCUGGUUUACUGAUCACUCGGAUGCAGGUGCAGAUGAACUGGGAGAAGUUAUCAAGGAUGACAUCUGGCCAAACCCCUUGCAGUACUACUUAGUUCCAGAUAUGGAAGAUGAAGAAGGGGAUGGUGAAGAGGAAGAUGAAGAUGAGGAAGAGGAGGAGGGUUUGGAGGACAUUGAUGAAGAAGGAGAUGAAGAUGAUGAGGAAGAUGAGGAGGAAGAGGAAGAAGGAGAAGAAGCAGAGGAGGAGGAAGGAGAAGAUGACUGAUUUGUUUGCUGUUGACAUUCACCUCUUCCCCCUACUUUUUUUUCUUUAGUCCCUGGGAGCAAGUUGCUGUCUUUUUGUGCUCAGUUUCCUUGUUCUCCUGAGGUCCUUAAACCAUUAUACACAAUUGGGAUGAGUUACAUGCGCAAACUACAGUGGCAAUCUCUUUCUGCCAUUUUCCAUGAACUGAUAUGAAUUGUCCUCCAGCCAGCUGAUCAGCACACAGACCUCCAUAGUAAUGUGAUUUGUAUUUUUUUUACUUUUUAUUUUAACCCCACCACCGACAACCGCAAAUUCCCUCUGCUGGAAGCCCAGAACUUCUCUCUACCUUUGUGCUGUGACCAUAGAUGAUUUUGAAUAGGCUUUUUUCCUACCUGUUCUGGCCCAGAGAUUACACUGUGUUUCCAUGUGAUGUGGACAAAUAGCAGUUACCAUCGUCCUUGUUUCCUUCUCUUGUAACAAAUUGGGGUGUGAUUGAGGCACCUGGGGUAGAUGCAGAUGGUUGGGUUCUAAAGGGUGGGUUUGUUGGGUAUUUUGAGGACGUGGCUGUACUUAGCACGUUGAUGCAUUGUAUAUUUUUACAACAUCCCGUGCAACCAAAGCCAACACUUUUAAAUAUUAAUCGAUUUGAGCCCCACAGCAGAUGGCGACAACCUGUAGAAUCUUAUUGGAAUCUACAUUCUCUAAUGUAAUUUUUUUUUGUUUCACUGGAAAGGAAAAUUGCUCAGUUUUAAACGUUAAAAGUGUACAAGUUGCUUUGUUACAAUAAAACUAAAUGUGUACACAAAAAGUGUGUGGUGAGUUUACUUUUCACCUGGAAUGUUUUGAGGACUUAUUUUUGGUCACCUUGAAUGGUUAUUUUAAAUGUUUUGAGAAAAUUCUAUAGAACUGAUGAAGUAUCUUAACAAUUACCAUCCAAAUUGAUUGUUUCAAAGAGGCUGUUCCAAAUUAAAUUCCUUGCAUUGUGUAUUCUCUAUCUGCCAAGUCAUAAGUCCUAGUAUAAAUGAGGAAAGUUGAAAACAAGUUAUGGGCCCAGUGGUUUUUUUUGGUAUUAAUUGCAAUUUGACAUCGAUUUAAAUUGCAAUUAGUCUUGAUGCAAUGUAGGCACAAGAAGGGUAAUUAAUGUAUUCAGGCCUACUAUUGUCCACUCAUGGUAUUCGCCUGGUUUGUGUUCAAAAUAUGUAAACAGCCCACAUGUUUGUAAUUAGAUACCUUUUCUGUAUUUAAUAGAUAUGAGGUUGUAACUAAAACAGAAUGAGUUUGCAACUUGGCGUUUUCCUUCAAUCAAUUGGGUCCAAUGCUGCAUUGCAAAUUUAAUUACCAUAUUUUGCAUUGGACAGUUAGCUAAUAAAUGGUCUUUCUCUUUUAACUUCCAAGAUUUUUUUGUCUUGUAGUUAAAUUUGUAAGUUGUGUGUUGUCUUGGCAAUAGUUAUACAUCUGUUGACAGACGGUUUUCUUGAUCUAGAAUCUGCCAUGGGUACUAUGCCAACUGUGCAAUUAGCCCCAGUUUACAGAUUGUGUAUAGAUAAUUAUUUGAACCUCAAUUGGGCUUGAUUGUUGAAUUCAAAUUAAUGGUACAAUAUGUACACUGGAUUUGAUGCACUCUUAAAUUUUAUUUCUGGUGAUGUUGUAAGUGCUAUUCAAUUUUGAUUUUUUUGAUUAGGGAUGCAGUUGUCCUUUAACUAGUGGGACACCACUGGGAGCUCGGCUUUCAAAAGUCAGGAUACAAGUAUCUCAAGUCACAGUUACUUGUUACUAUUCCUGUUGCUUUUCCAUUGACCUAGUCAUUUUUUCAUAAACUUGAUUGUACUGUAUCACAACCAUUUUAAAUUGCUAUUGUGCAGUGAAAAGGUUGACCUCUGAUUACAACUGUUUUGUGGUUUAUGAACUUGUCCCAAUUCCAUUAAUCCUGAUUUAUGCAGUUUGGUUGUUAAAUUGCAUCUUCCAUUUUAGCCAAAGUAUCCUUUUGCAUUAACCCUUUCCCACCUGUUUGACUUUUUCAAUACUAACUUUUCAGUCAACUUUUGAGGGAAAUUGUAUCACUUGCAUUACCAGCUAGAAAAUAGGCCAUUAUAUAAUGCUCCAGCACACAUGCUGCCUUGUUCCGAAAUCUUGCCAGAAUGGUGCCCUAAAUUGGCUUUGUAUAUUUAUGCUGCAAAUUAUCUAUACUUAGUCAUUGGAAUCGCAACAAACUUAAGCAGAUAUUUUCAUGACAUCUGCUCAGUAAUCCAUUAGACUGUAAUAUAACCAGAGCAGCUAACGACAUAGUUUCACAGGUACAAAUCAAAUUUCUGCUGGUGUUUUGUAUGUCUUCACAAGUAUUAUACAUUGGCAUGUUUUUUUUCCAUCGAGGAGAUCCAUCGUCCUGAGAAAUGCUUUUGGUCAGGCAAUCUUGCCACUUCACUGGUGAUGGAUAACUGGUCAAACCCCUCUCAGCAUGCAUUACCAACCAUACCAUUUGGUUUCAUUUGGAAAAUUAAAGGAAUGAAUAAUAAUUCUACCACCAGCAAUGUAAGCAUAAGGGAUAUGGUUCCUUAGUCUAUAAGUUAUGAUGGACCUGGAGGUCUUUUAAUAAAAGAUGGUAUACAAUCUGCUGAUAUCUAGACCUGUCUAGAUUUUUUCAGAAAUUUUUUGUUUACAUAUCUGUCCUGGCGUGGGACAUGGCUGCGCCAUCUUUUUGCUUAAAUGUUCUGGAGAAGGUGUUCAAACAAUAUUUUGGAAUGUUCCACUGGUUUAUAGACGGCCAUGUACUGGGGUUUGUUUCACAUGGCAGCCUGAGGUGUCGUGACUUCAUCUUUAAAACUUGUUUUUUUUUAAAACAAAUGGUUCUCAUCUGUCCUGUUAUCAACAAUAAAGUUUGUAUACAUGUUUUGCCACAGA